CAGGAUCAGGAGUCUAGGUAUCAGAGGACAGACUGAACCCCUUAAUUGGAAUAGGGGAGUAAUUCACUUGGAAAGGCCCUUCCUUCCCCGCGAUUCUGGGCCCUCCCACCCCGAGUGUCCCUGGGAGGGGUCGCGAGGGAGAAGCUAGGACUUGCUGGUACCAGCCGCCGCUAGGGCGCUCUCCGGUGCCGCGGCGGGUGGCACAGGCUGGCAACCGGGGCUGGGAGGAGGAGGGGGCAAUUGCUGGCGAUUGCCCGCACUCCACCUCGCGGGCCCGCCCCCAGGCCUGCCACCUCCAGCCAGCCCCGCCCGCGUAGCAGCUGUGCAGUGUUCCCAGGCGCACAGCCCUGGGUGCACUACCCGGGAGCAGAGACUUUCGCACAGUGGUCUGGUGGACAACCGGCGGGACACAGCAGCGACCUCUCUGCAGUGAGCGGCGGGCGGCCCAUGGAGUCUGGGCUGCUGCGGCCCGCGCCGGUGAGCGAGAUCAUCGCCCUUCACUACAACUACACCGGCAAGCUGCGCGGGGCGCGCUACCAGCCCGGCGCGGGGCUGCGCGCAGAUGCGGUAGUGUGCCUGGCUGUGUGCGCCUUCAUCGUGCUGGAGAACCUGGCGGUGCUCUUGGUGCUGGGUCGCCACCCUCGCUUCCACGCGCCCAUGUUUCUGCUCCUGGGCAGCCUCACCCUGUCGGACUUGCUGGCCGGGGCGGCCUACGCCACCAACAUCCUGCUGUCAGGGCCUCUCACGCUGCGCCUGUCGCCUGCACUCUGGUUCGCGCGCGAGGGGGGUGUCUUUGUGGCGCUCGCCGCGUCGGUGCUGAGCCUCCUGGCCAUUGCGCUGGAGCGCCACCUCACCAUGGCCCGUCGAGGACCCGCGCCCGCCGCUGGUCGCGCUCGCACACUGGCGAUGGCGGUGGCCGCCUGGGGCGCGUCGUUGCUGCUCGGGCUGCUGCCAGCGCUGGGCUGGAACUGCCUGGGACGCCUGGAAACCUGCUCCACUGUACUGCCGCUCUACGCCAAGGCCUACGUGCUCUUCUGCGUGCUGGUCUUUCUGGGCAUCCUGGCUGCCAUCUGUGCACUCUAUGCAAAGAUUUACUGCCAGGUGCGGGCCAACGCGCGUCGCCUGCGUGCGCGGCCCGGGUCCCGCAGGGCCACCUCAUCCUCGCGAUCGCGGCACACGCCACGGUCGCUGGCCCUACUCCGCACGCUCAGCGUGGUGCUCCUGGCCUUCGUGGUCUGCUGGGGACCUCUGUUUCUCUUGCUCUUGCUGGAUGUAGCGUGCCCAGCGCGCGCGUGUCCCGUGCUCCUGCAGGCCGACCCCUUCCUGGGUCUAGCCAUGGCUAACUCGCUCCUGAAUCCCAUCAUCUACACGUUCACCAACCGAGACCUGCGUCAUGCGCUCCUGCGACUGCUCUGCUGUGGCCGUCGGCCCUGCAGCCAAGGCUCCUCCAACAGCAUGCAGCGAUCCCCGAGUGCUGCUGGGCCUUCGGCUGGUGGCCUGAGACACUGCCUGCCACCAAGCCUGGAUCGCAGCUCCAGCCCAUCAGAACACUCUUCUUCCCAUCGAGACAAGGUGGACACUAGCUGCUCCACCGGCAGUCCGGGAGCAGCAACCGCCGACCGGACCCUGGUGCCUGCUUCUUCAGACUGAUGCUCCUCAACCCACUGUGGCCCUUUGCAAGAGCAGAUUGGUUCCCCGAAUACGUGCAUCAUCUAAAGGAAACAGACGAAGACAGACAG